UGACAGGUAGGCAGGGGUUCUGCUGUGAUUUGCGCGCCACGAAGAGAAAUAGAGAGUGUUCAAGUUCCAGUUCCAGUUCCAGUUCCAGUUCCAGAACAGAACUCACAGUCACAGAUCACAGUUGUGAAUCAGUAAACGCAGAGACGGUAUGGGCGUCGUAGAGCGACUGGUGAAAAAUUCUCGUGUUUUUCGAAGAUUCUGUUCAACUAAAACCCUAAACCCUUCUCCUGUUUCCUCCCCAGAUUACAUUUCAAAUCGACGCCUUCUCUAUCUCCGGGCUGUUCAGCAGCACCACCAGUACCAUUCCAAUGCCUCUGAAAUUCGGUGGCCGAAUUCGGUACCCAAUGGUAACGGAUUGUAUUUUAUCCUUCCAGCUUUCUUAGCUACUUUAUUUGGAGUUGAAGGACUGCAAACUGCACAUGCUGAUGCGGACGAGGUUGCUUCCUCACCUUUGCCAUCAGAUUCUCCAGCAAAUUAUGUGGACCUGGAAGAAAUAGCGAAGAAGGAACGGCAGCGAAUGGAAACGUUGCUUAAAAGCAAAGGAAUGCGCCCUGGGUCUUAUCCCCGCUUUACGGUUGCUGUUAAGGGACAAAAGGUAACUGUCAAGUUCCAGAUCCCUCCUGCGUGUGAAGUUCCUCAGCUGAUUGCAAAUCUUGUUUCAGAGCUUGGGUUAAAGGUUGAACAGCAUGGUGGUGGAUCAGAUAUGUUAUUGCGUGCUUGGGACAGUGCAAUAUCUUGGCAACUAACACUUACUCGGCCAGACAAACAGAAGGAAACUGAAGAGAAUGAAGGGGAGGGAGAUCUAUGUGUACUCAUAUUUGGAUCGCUUGUUACGGCAGAUAAAGUUGAACUUGAAUUUAUAAAAAAGGGAAGCUUGAGUGCAAAAGAGCUUGAUGCAUUUGUAUCUGUUUUACAAUUAGCAGGGAGAAAGUCCAGAGAAAAUAAUUCAUUGGAAAGAAAACAAAUGCCAUCAUCUUCAGAUAAAUCAAAAUUAGUUUCUAGUCUUGAGUCAAUGGGAGUGAGAGUUGAUGGCCUUGAAGAACCCCAUUUGAAUUCGACAAGCAGUGAAAUUUUAUGGGACAAUAUUGCUGGGUAUCAUCAGCAGAAACGGGAAAUAGAAGAUACCAUUUUGUUGGCUCUACAAAGUCCUGAAGUAUAUGAUGAUAUCGCCCGAGGAACACGACAUAAGUUUGAAUCAAACAGACCUCGAGCUGUGCUUUUUGAAGGCCCACCAGGUACGGGGAAAACAUCUUGUGCUCGUGUCAUUGCCAAUCAAGCGGGUGUCCCAUUGUUAUAUGUGCCCCUUGAGGUUGUCAUGUCAAAGUACUAUGGAGAGAGUGAACGCUUACUAGCAAAGGUGUUUUCACUAGCCAACGAACUUCCUGAUGGUGCUAUUAUUUUCCUAGAUGAGGUGGAUUCUUUUGCUAUUGCUCGUGAUGGUGAAAUGCAUGAAGCUACACGUAGAGUCCUAUCAGUGUUACUCAGACAGAUUGAUGGAUUUGAACAGGAUAAGAGAGUGGUUGUAAUAGCUGCAACUAAUAGAAAGCAAGAUCUCGAUCCUGCUUUAAUUAGUCGGUUUGAUUCACUGAUCACAUUUGGUUUACCGGAUCAGCAAACGCGACAGGAGAUUGCUGCUCAGUAUGCUAAGCACCUCACAAAAUCUGAAUUAGAUGAACUCGCUGCGGUUACAGAAGAAAUGUCAGGAAGGGAUAUCAGAGAAGUGUGUCAACAAGCUGAGCGGUCUUGGGCAUCUAAGAUAAUUCGAGGACAAGCUGCUAGAGAUGGAGAACAAGGCCUUCUUCCACCGUUGAAAGAGUACGUAGAAAGUGCGCUGAAUCGACAAAAGGGUUUGUCAAGUAUUGCAGAGGCAAGAUUCCAGAACCCCAAGACGGGCAGAAGGAAAUCUCAACUCGUUGUUGAUUAAGCUGGUUCUGGCCCCCAUUUUUUAGAGUGUAAAUUAUAGUUAAAAUCUGCGGCUGUUUAUAGCGACAUUCGGAUCUAUUGUCGGUGGAAGUUUUGGAAGUCUUUUUACGGGAAAGUAUUAGGACAGCAACUGAAAUCAUAUUCAUAGCAACAUAACUACUACUUAUUAUGAAAUACAUAGAAAAAUUACAAUAAUACAUGUAAAACGAUCAGAAACAAGUGGAAUACUUCAUUUCAUUUUUGCAUAUAAAAACCUUA